UUGAGAUCAGGCAUGUCGAGCCAUCGGGACCAACUUUUCCUCUUGAUGGUGAAUCUGGCGCUGAUACUCCAUUCGACCGGCUCGAGAUCCCCGAAUUCGAAGCUCGCGGAGACCCUCCAUCGCCCCAUCCGGUCCCUCACGUUUCCGGAAGAGAGUACCUUAGGCAUAUUCGUCGCGUUGGCCAUACCGCUCGAGGAUCCCUACAAAUCCAUCUCCAUAGCCGAUUUCUUCGAGGCGACGUACGAUCUACCCACUAACGUAACCGACGAAUACCUCUGGCUCAACGAUGGAAAACGAAGGAAGAGGAGAAGUUUGGACAGGGUGACCCUUUAUCGAGUUAUAGAGAACAAGUUUGACAACUACGGGUAUCAGGGUCACGAAUGCCUGCUGAGGGCCAUUUGCGAAACUUCGGAGCACUCCCUCCUCAGACAUAACGGACUCAUUGGUGACAUUCUGCACGUGAUCUUCACACCGACAAGCUCGCGACACGAACUACUGCCGCAGGACAUUCUUCAGGCUGAAGUGGUCGGACGUAAUGGAAGCUGCUCCGAGUACCGACCGCAAUGCCCCGUGGGACUCUUCGACUUGAUUGGAGUCCUCGGUUGAGCCCAGAAAAACCACCAAGGUGUACCGCCGCUUGCACUCCGAUCGGGUAAACAAUUCGAUUUCACGCUUCCACUUUCACGAGAUACUCCCUGUUCCAGUUUCCAGCGAUUCCGAGUGCUUGGAAUAUCGUAAUGGAUUGAUCGUUUCCAACGAUUUAUCGUAAACUACAAGAAAAGUUUAAGUAGGGACGACCAACUUUUUUUUAACUCGACGAAUCGCGUUUAAAAUUAAAACUAAAUAAUGUAAGUAAAU